AUGGGCGACGGAUCUGUCAAUUCCUCUGAACGGACUGUUUUUGAUGCCCCUCUCUUAUCGGUUACUUCAACCGUAACCACCCUCUCCACGGCUCAUCACUUCAUCAGCGUCAAAUUGACUCAUCGGAACUUUUUAUUUUGGAGGGCUCAAGUUGUUUCUUUUCUCAACGGACAUGAUCUAAUGGGUUUCAUCGACGGAACCAAUCCAUGCCCGCCGCCCACGAUCUCGUCUGGCGAAGAGGAAGCGCUGCGUCUGCCGAAUCCUGCUUAUCAUCCAUGGGUUCGUCAGUAUCAGGCAUUUCUCUCUAUGCUCAUGUCAUCGUUGUCUGAUGAAGUUAUGCCCUUGGCUAUCGGACAUCACACCAGCCGUGCAGUGUGGACUGCUGUUACCUCCGCACUUGCCUCUUCGUCUCGGUCUCGCUCGUUGAACCUUCUCGGGCAACUUUAG